GUACCACUUUUAUUCCUUUGGCAACCCAGUCAGUGCAUAACCGCGUUCUGUGCUGUCACAUUUGGGGAGAAUUUUUCGUAUUCUACAUGGGUGAAGUGUAUUAGCUCCUGCGUGUGAUCAGUGUUCCUGGGAUAAUUUCGGUGGAUAGUGGAGAGAAAAAAAUCGACGAAAAACAUGGUGCCGUACGUUGUUAUGGCCGUCCUGUUUGCGGUUGCUGCGCAGCUGGAUUCGACGGAAGGUCAAAGGAAAAUCCCUAAAGCAAGCGCCGCCAUUUCGGAACCCCCCAAAGAACGGGUGAACUUUGACUGUCCCGAAGAAUUUGGGUAUUACCCUCACCCUAGCGACUGUACUCAAUAUUACGUCUGCGUGUUUGGAGGAGCCUUGUUGGAGUCGUGUACCGGAGGUUUGAUGUACAGUCACGAACUUCAAACGUGCGAUUGGCCACGGAACGUUGGAUGUGACGGACUGGAACUGCCAGUACCGCUUCCGUCGGGAUCGAGUAGUAGCAGCAGUUCGUCUUCUCUGAGAAGCAGAGAACGCGAACGGUCUCGCGACGACACUAGAACCAAAUACUCCCCGCAACCCCCACCGCCACCCGCACAACCCAAAGCAGUGGUCACAUCUAGAGGACAACCUAGACAGUUGCAUCAGAACCAAGAAAUUAUUAAGCAACAACUCUACGCGGACGUCGAGGAGUCGUUGCCUCCAGCGGAAGAAGUUGAAAAUGAUAGACAACAGCGGGUUUAUCGCGGUCAGCCUUCCACGGUUGGUCAAGUUCAGCGCGACAGAGACGGUUAUCGACACACAAACGCCCUGCCGUCAUACAAGGACCGUGGAGAAAAAAUCGGAGUCAUCUCGUUCGGAACGCAAUCACAGCUCCAACAUUACAGCCAGGAAAAAAGCAGCGCGCAAACUCCGAGUGCUUCCACGGCUACUGCGACAGCACGCACACUGUACAAUAGUAGCCAAUACAACAAUAACGAUAAUCGUUACGAUCCUUAUUAUGCCCUCUACGAUGAUGUCGAAUUGUAUCGAGAUGUCGAUUACACACAGCAAAACGGUUACAAUACAAAUGGCGGUAGCACUAGGUCCGCUUCGUCUGGAUAUAGGGGUUCCCAAGCUGCCGUGCGCGAAGAAACGCCUAAAAGGGGUACCACCGUUUAUAACGUAGUCAACCAGGAUAUUUACCAACAACCGUCUACCGUUACAGAGUACAACGAUAACGCAUAUCAGGAAGAUGACAACGCCUACAGACAGUCCAACAGACAAUCGUCUAGCCUUAGGGGAGACAGGAAUGAAAUAUACGAUGUAGAAGACGUACCUACCACUAAAAGAACUAGUUCAACCUCCAUAAGAAAACUCACCACUUCAACCCCCAGAAUUACUACUACCACGACGCAAGCGCGAACUUUCCCCCCUAAAAAGAGCACAAUCACGCCAAGCGCAGAUCCUGUCAAAGCGAAUGAAACCCACACACAAGCACUGCCAAUAAAUAAUACAAACCCGGGACACAUAUUCGCUGAUCCUGAUCCCGGAUUCGAUCCUACGCCGUCGACCGUGCCUAUUUUAACGCCCAUUCCCGACACAACCAUAGACUCUACUUUGCAUGAAUCUUACGCUGUAGUUAAGGAACCAACCCCGUUUGUCCCUCCCGAGCACAUAAUUAGCGAUAAAUCUGCUUUUCACUUUGAUAUAAAGGCGCCCAAGUCAACUCACCAGAUCUCUAGCACUGUCAGAACUUUAAACGACAUCCGCCUUAAUAAAACGAUUUUGACGAAUGUAAAACUUAGUACCCCAAAGUUUGAAAAUAUUUUGCCGACGACUUACUCGCCCCCGAAGUACCUACUUCAGUCGAUUUUGCCUAAAACACCUCUAUUUUCAUCUCCAGCAUUAAGUUUUAGACCGAUCAACAGAAAUCAUUCUAGAACCGUUAGACCUACACCCAACUUACAGAAUUCUUACAAAACAGUAAAGCCAAUAGUAGUACGAAAACUUAUCAAUCCUGUAAUUGUUAAUCACGAAUUGUCCGCUCCGGGCGGUGCUACUCUCGAAUCCGCUGAAAAAUUUGCUGACGAUUAUGAGGAGAAUGACGAUGAGGAUUAUUUCGACGGCGAUGAAAUGACAUCUUUGAAUGCCGCAAACAUUUCUAGUGAACAAAUGUCCACAACAACGGCGGAACUCACCGUUACUACCAGCAAAACCACUAUCAAUCUCAGGGUACCAGCUGGUUCUACACUGAAACCGGACACUAAUGAGAAUUUGAAAAAUCGUUUAUAUUCCCUGUUAUCUAGAGAAAAAUCGAAUCGAUUGCCAAAUUCCGCGCAAAAGAGCAACAAAACUUUGAAUUUGAAAAAGAAAAAGUUAGUCGACGACGAACGUAAACCAAAUUUGACAACAGACGUUAAAACUGACGUUCCUGUGAAUACCUCAUUCCCUACUAGAGUCUCCCGGGUGAACAUGGCCAUAAAAUCCCUUAUCGCUAGUGGUGGGACAAAAGGAAGCUCGAAAUGUUACGAAAACAGCCCUAAGUGCAAGGUCAAUGCGAGACAGAGAACGAAUUCUCGAGGGCGCGGAACAUCUCAUUACUCCGCCGGUUCGGUUGCCAACAACGAAGUGACAGUGAACACUAAUAGAGGAACUCCGGCGCCUCGAUCUAGACCGACUCUCAAGCCAUCUACGUCGAUUGUAUCGAAGGCUACGGAAUUCAUCGAUAUCUACAGAUAUCCGCCCAGACGUCCGGAUCCGAUCUAUCCUCAACCACAACCCGACAAAACUGCGGCUAAAUGCAGAAAAGACGUGUGCUUAUUGCCCGAUUGUUACUGCGGCGGCAAAGAUAUUCCCGGAGAUAUCCCGGUCGAACAAGUACCACAGAUCGUACUGCUUACGUUCGACGAUUCCGUAAAUGACCUCAACAAAGGUUUAUAUCAAGAUUUGUUCGAAAGGGGUCGAACGAAUCCGAACGGGUGUCCAAUAGCCGCAACAUUUUACGUAUCUCACGAAUGGACUGAUUAUAGUCAAGUGCAAAAUUUGUACGCCGACGGUCACGAGCUAGCAUCCCAUACAGUUUCGCACAGUUUUGGGGAACAAUUUUCCCAAAAGAAAUGGACUCGCGAAGUUGCCGGCCAAAGGGAAAUCUUAUCCGCCUACGGGGGCGUCAAAUUAGAGGACGUCAGGGGUAUGCGAGCUCCUUUCUUGUCAGUGGGCGGUAACAAAAUGUUCAAAAUGUUGUACGAUUCAAACUUCACGUACGAUUCGUCGUUGCCGAUUUACGAAAACAAACCUCCGAGUUGGCCGUACACGCUCGACUACAAGCUCUUCCACGACUGUAUGAUUCCACCGUGUCCCACCAGGUCAUAUCCCGGAGUCUGGGAAGUGCCUAUGGUGAUGUGGCAAGAUCUGAACGGUGGUAGGUGUUCCAUGGGAGACGCUUGCAGCAAUCCUCCAGACGCCGAAGGAGUUGUGAAAAUGUUGCUGAAGAAUUUUGAAAGACAUUACACCACCAACAGAGCUCCAUUUGGCCUGUUCUACCACGCAGCUUGGUUUACGCAACCCCACCACAAAGAUGGCUUUAUUCAAUUUGUCGACACCAUUCUAGCUAUGAAAGACGUCUGGUUCCUCACCAACUGGCAAGCAAUUCAGUGGGUUAGGGAUCCUACGCCGAGUUCGAGAUUAAAAUCUUUCCAACCAUUCCAAUGCGAUUUUUCGGAUCGUCCGAAGAGGUGUAAUAAUCCGAAAGUAUGUAACCUUUGGCACAAAUCCGGGGUGAGAUACAUGAGAACUUGCCAGCCUUGCCCCGACAUCUAUCCCUGGACCGGUAACACUGGUAUCCGCAGCAGUAGAAUCGACAACGAUAUCGAAGAUUAAAGAAAAGCACGCCGAAAGGUGAUCAUCGUAAAUUUAAAUUAUUUUUAGGCCAUUCGACAUUAAUUUUAAUGUUGGUAUUGUUUAGGGGAGAUACCCAAAUUAUUUAUACGGAAAAUUGCUGAUGUUAAUUUGGUGUCAAGUUUACGUCGAGUAACUUCAUGCCUGUUUAACAUCCAGACUGUGGCCUUAGUUAAAUUGUAAAUAUUUUCAGCUACAGUUACCUAAUAAUAAAAUGAUUUAGUACUGCCGGAAAUAAUUUUCUUAUCUGAUAGGGGUUGAGUGUUGAGUAAUCGCAGAUGUUCUGCCAUUACGACGACAACAAUUUGCAAAGGGACAUUCAAAAACGUAUUUAAUUUAUUGUAAAACGGAUUUCAAUUCUGUUGUGUGUAUCGAUUCAAACGUGUGACCCAGCGAGUGACGAAUUGCGCAAUAAAUUCUUUU